CGCCACCCACACGGCCGCACCUAUAUAUAAAGCAUCCACCCUCCGCUCUAGGCUUCCUCCCCGCCGCCACUACGCGCUCGCCGUUGCCCCCCUCUCUGUCUCCCUUCCUCCAUAGCAGGCGCAGGCCAGGAACGCCCAAGGCGACCGCAUCUCCAAGAUGGUGCUGCAAAACGACAUCGACUUGCUCAACCCGCCGGCAGAGCUUGAGAAGCUAAAGCACAAGAAGAAGCGCCUCGUCCAGUCCCCCAACUCCUUCUUCAUGGAUGUCAAGUGCCAGGGCUGUUUCAGCAUAACCACUGUGUUCAGCCACUCCCAGACUGUGGUUGUGUGCCCAGGCUGCCAAACUGUUCUCUGCCAACCUACUGGUGGGAAGGCCAGGCUCACUGAGGGGUGCUCCUUCCGUCGCAAGGGCGAUUAGAUUCUGCUGUCUCUUAAUGGGAGAAGAGAGAACUUUGCUGUUUUGCUACCUUACCAUGUUCCGCACUCGUCGAAGAUUUUGUUAAUUAUUAUGGCUAUUUAGCGUGCCCUGGCAAUGCUUUUGUAAACGCGCACUUUGCUUGAGCUUAGUGACAUCUACUAAGGUGCUGUUUGGUUUUGCUAAGGUAGUGUCAAAUGUUAAUGAAAUCAGUUGCUGGCGUUAUUUGAUGGGAUUUAACUAA